AUGCUGUCUUUCUUUCAUAUUCUUUCAUUUCCCUUCCUUUUCCAUCGUUUUUCUUCCUUUUUUCUUCCUUUUAAUGUUGUCUAUCUUUCAUUUUCCUUUCUGUUUCUUUCUUUUCCCUUCGUUUUUCUUUCUUUUUUCUUUCUUUUAAUGCUGUCUUUCUUUCAUUUUCCAUCAUUUCAAUUUCUUUUUCAUUCUUUUUUUCUUUCUUUUAAUGUUGUCUUUCUUUCAUUUUCCUUUAUUUCUCUUUCUUUUUUUCUUUCUUUUAAUGCUGUCUUUCUUUCAUUUUCCUUUCUGUUUCUUUCUUUUCCCUACGUUUUUCUUUCUUUUUUCUUUCGUUUAAUACUGUCUUUCUUUCAUUUUCUUUCAUUUCAAUUUCUUUUUCAUUCGUUUUAUCUUUCUUUUAAUGUUGUCUUUCUUUCAUUUUCCUUCAUUUCUCUUUCUUUUUUUCUUUCUUUUAAUGCUGUCUUUCUUUCAUUUUCCUUUCUUUUUCUUCCUUUUUCUUUCUUUUUCCUUCGUUUUUCUUUCUUUUAA